AUGACCCGGAUCGCGCAAACACACAAGCUGUACGGGGAGGUCUAUACAGGAACGGACGCCAAGCGUAAGAUGUUCAUUGCGGCAGUUCUUGAAGCAGUUUGUCUUUUGCUUGGUGAUGUCGAGAUCCUCUGCGAAGAGGAGGUGAAUGGGAAAAAUGUACGCGUGCAUAGUCAAUUUGAGUUUGUGCUCAAGCGUGGCCCGAAGCGGAUAUCAAUCGUCGAAGCAAAGCGCGAUAACAUUGAGCAAGGACUGGCUCAGAAAAUUACCGGUCUGGAAGUGUUAGCUGAUGUUGAAGGACUAGAGCAAACAUUUGGUAUUUGUUACCAAUUAUCUCAACUGGGUCUUCAUUAA